AUGAGUACGAAUAACGACGGAAAUGGUUGCCUUCUUGGCGCGCGUAUUGCCCAAGCUGUCAGAUCAUACCCAGAACCUAUCGAUGGGAUAUUCACCUCCUCCGACGAUUACCUCGUCAGCGUGGCACAAGCAGCCGAGGCGCUGGGUCUCUACACUCCAGGUGUGAAGGCUUUCACUGUUUCCACGGACAAGUUCUACACUCGCAUGUUUAGCGGUCAGGACAUUGGCAGUACCUUCGCGGUCAAGUCCGUCAGCGAACUGGAGAGUCAAAUCGGGACAGCGGGAGACAUGGAUGGGAAGCUGCAAUACCCUGUUGUCUGCAAGCCGUCGAUAGGCCGAGGCUCUGAAGGCGUAUUCAGAGCCGAUAAUCCAGAUGAGCUCCGGGACGCAGUGACGCGCAUCUUGGCCAUCCGAGAUUGCCCCAAUGGUGUAGUGGUCGAAGACUAUGUCGAAGGGCCCGAAGUCGAUGCAAAUCUGGUGCUACGCGAUGGUCGUCUCCUCUUCGCCGAGGUGGUUGACGACUUCCCUUGCUCAGCAGAUACGUCGUCUAGCUCCCAAGGAGGCACCUUCAACGAGACGCAGACCCACACCCCGUCGGGCCUACCGAAGAACGAACAGGCCUUAGUGAUCGAGGCAAUGAAGCAGGCCGUUUUGCUUCAAGGCUUCAGAUCGGGAGUUUUCCACUGCGAAGCAAGGGUGCGGAACUCCAGCAUGGACUACGUCGUGGACCCGAAGGUGCCAUUUCCGGUGCUCCAAAUGCUUAAAACAAGUACAAAGGCCAACAAGGACGAGCCUUCGAUAUUUCUGCACGAGAUCAAUGCCAGGGCCCCCGGGAUGGGCAGCUCAACCGCCAGUCUAUUCUCCUCCGGUGUCGACUACUGGGCCCUUCAGGUUCUUUGUGCGGUUCGUGAUUGGGGAAGAUUCGAGGCACUUUCCAUCCCGUUCAAGCACUCCCCAACAAAUUUCGUCUCACUCGCCAAUGUAGCUGUCGACGUGAGUUUAGCGCAAAUGCGCGCACUCGACAUCCCUGGAUUUGCCUCCACUACAGGAAGCGAAGGGGGGCCCAAGCCCAACACCCGGAUAGCGAUCGAUGGAGACGCAUACCCAACUGGUGAGUUACGGCGCAGUCGCCCCGAAAUCAUGCAGCAUGUGCCGUAUCACGUCACCAUAGCAAGGCCCAGCGAUUGGUACGCAGGACAAAGGGGUAGCUGGCGAUGGUUCACGACAGGGGUGGUCGUUUCGCCGCUUAGCAGGGAGCACGCCUUGACCAUGGUGGACAGCUUUACUCGAAGUUAUCAGGAGCUUCUGCACGAAGCGCCAAAGGGAUCGUGA